CAUUCAACUUUGACUUUUAACAUAAAAGUCAGAAGCUCUGCUCUCUUCCUUCCUAUCUUCACUAGCAAUUUCAUUGCUAUGAAGUUCUCAGCCUCUACUUCAUCACUUAGUCGCUUCUUCUCAUUCUCUUCUCUACAACUAUUAUCACUCUUGAUUAGUCAAUGAGAGGACUUGUGGCCGGAUUUUAGGGUUUCUUAAGAAAAAUUCGGGCUCAACUUUGUGCUGCCAAUAAAGGAUUCUAAUAUAGGUCUUAGGGCAAUGACUUCCUAAAUUGAUGUUAUCGGCAGCAGAUCGGAGGGAGAUCGGUGUGGAGAAGAGACAGAGAGGGGGACGCCAAUAGGUGGCUGGAAUGUUACCAUCGAUGGCAUCCCGAUCCCCAGUCAGAGGAUCUGUGAAGACUGGGGAUUUCCUUCUUUUCUCAAGGAAACUUAGCAUGGGAAAGACUCCAAAGAAGGAUAAUAAUUAAAUUAAAUUCCAAUGAAAUUUCUUUUCUUUAUCAAGGCAAAGGGAAAUCACCAUAGAUAGCUGAUUCGACCAUAAGAAAGACUAGAUUUUUGAGCUAAUAGCUAAUAGAUUCUAAGUCGGGGCCGGCAGGCACCAAUGAAGAAGAUAAAUCUGAUCUUGAGGAAAUGCAAGAGCUUGUCGAGGCAGCUCGGGAGAUCUUCGUCCUACAGCAGCCUGAGGUCCAACUCCAGUAGAGAUCACUAUCGCCAUGAACCCCUGGGGGGCCAUUCUCACCGUCACACUGUGCAGUUAUCAGAUCAUCCCCAGCAUCGUCGAGAUCAAAUUGACUCCCGGGAGAUUAUAUUCGUAGGGAGCACGAGGAAGCGAUAUCUCAUCAGCUCCAAGUACCUGAGCCAUCCGCUGCUCAAUGCCUUGAUUGAGAAGCCAAGCAAUAAUAAUAAGCUAGAGAAGCUGCAGGCUGCAGGCGGUAAUGGCAAUAAUGGGAAUAUCCUCCUGGUCAAGUGCGAGGUCGUCCUCUUCGACCAUUUAUUGUGGAUGCUAGACAAUUCCGACGAUCUCAACUUGAGCUCUGAGUCUCUGGAAGAGCUUGCUGCGCUCUACAUCUUCUGAGACUGAGAAGCAAUUAAUAUUGAACAUUGUCCAAUUAAUCAUGCGCUGUGCGGGUUCUGGAUCGUGAUAUAUGAUGAUCUAUAGCGCAUAUAUAUAUAGAGGUACGUCUGUACGCGGAUGAAAACUUGGAUUAAUUAUUAAUUUUGCCUAUAAAUCUUUAUGGCCCGUUUGUUUAGCAUGAAUAGGGAUCCGGAUCCGGCCCAAUUACUUCCGGGUUGCCA